AUGGUUAUUGAGAAAAAGAGUGCAAAUGUUGCUGAGAAAUCCGAAACUGAAUUAGAAGAUACGGUCAGAAGAAUCGUGAGCUGGCUCGUCCUAAGUGCCUUCAACAUUCUGGCUUACGUCUCCUCACGAGACGGCUUCAUGGAAACUCCCUCAGUAUGCAAGAAUUUCGAUGAAGAAAGUUGGUCUUGGUGGCUUCCACAACAAGACUCACUGACUUACUACGAUAAGUUGAUCAGCAUCUUGAUUUGCCGGCAUCUAUUUUGGGUGCAGUUCUGUUUCGCUGCCUUCAUGAUUAUCGUCGUCAAGUACUUGAUAGUCUCUGCUUUACCAGAUACAAAGCAGACAAAGCGAGUGACUUUUAAUGUUCUCGUCCUCGGUACUGUUUGCGGUUUCCACGGUAAGCUUUGGGUGGAGAUAUUGGGUGGAAACGGCAGACUCUGGCUCUUCGUUUGGGCAACGUUUUGUGUUUUUCAAUUCGUUCCAUUGGCUUUUCGUGGUCUAACUAUAGAUGUUAUUGAGAAAAAGAGUGCAAAUGUUGCUGAGAAAUCCGAAGCCGAAUUAGAAGAUACGGUCACAAGAAUCGUGACCUGGCUCGUCCUAAGUGCCUUCCACAUUCUGGCUUACGUCUUCUCACGAAACGGCUUCAUGGAAGCUCCCUCAAUGUGCAAGAAUUUCUAUGAAGCAAGUUGGUCUUGGUGGCUUCCAAGACAAGAUUCACUGGCAUACUACGAUAAGUUGAUCACCAUCUUCAUGUGCCGGCAUCUAUUUUGGGUGCAGUUUUGUUUCGCUGUCUUCAUGAUUUUCGCCGUCAAGUACUUGAUAGUCUCCUGCUUUACCAGAUACAAAGCAGACAGAGCGAGUGACUUGUAA